AUGGUUGCAGCAGAUGCUAAUUCGGGAUACUCCUCAGCGCAGCAGAGUAUGUCGAGCAGUAGACCGUCAGCACCGCUGGCUAGUAGCAAUUCUGUCAUCCAGGGGCAGCACGGAGAAGCAGACUCUGCGGAUAUCAUUCAGCAGCAGCAGGCGGCGGCAACUGCAGCGGUUUCGGCAAGCACGGCUACACAGGAGCUGGACACGCUCUAUGAAAAGCUGAGCAACGUAUCCCUGGCGCUAAAGAACUUGGACCCAACAAUGCCGCAGCAAAAGGACACAGCAACUUCAAGGUCUCAAACACAAACCCUGGGCGAUAACAAGACACCCCAGGACAUCUCAGUUUCGGCUUCAGUCUCGUCGCUGGCGGCCGUGGACUUGGGGGCUUCAUCGCCCAAAAAUGCAGCCGAAGUGCAUGCAGAGUCCAUUGUACGUGACCCCAGCGAGUGCGAUCCGGCGUGUGCGUGUCAAAGAGUGCUGCUGGCGGCCAGCCCCGGUGUGUGUGGCCUGUGCAGUGGGCGGCCGCAAGUGCUGGCCAAGCAGAACGACGAACGGCUGAAGGCACUGGAUGACCUUGAGAUUGCCUCGCAACGCAUCAACGAGCUGGCACACGAGAAAGCGAGGCAUGUGGAUUACAUAGCCGACUUGGAGACGCGCUCUUCGGAUCAGACGAGGAAAAUCGACAACCAGCGCGACAUCAUCGCCGGGCUCAAAAACGACCUGUCGGCGAUGAACGACAAGUUUGUCGAUCAGGUUAACAUGACGGCUGAAAUUGCGCACUCUCGCGAGCUGGUCGAGGCCGAGCUCGAGGACCUGACCCAAAAACUGUUCACCGAGGCCAACACGAUGGUGUCCGCUGAGAAGAAGGCGCGGUUCGAGGCAGAGAAGACCACUGCGCACCUCCGCAACAUCAUUGCUGACAUGGAGGUCCGCCUGGCGAAUGAGACCUUGCAGUCGCAGGAGCUCAAGGAGCGCAUAGAGAAGAUGAGCGCUGAGUACGACGAGCUGGUAGUCAGACGCAACAUUGCGUCCAGCCGCCGAGGUAGCUUCAGCUCCCACCACAGCGACAUCGUGGAUAUCGCCUCGAUGAAGCGCGAUGGGAGCCUUUUAAACAACUCGAACGGGGCAAGCGGAGGCAGCGGCAGCGUGAUGUUUGGCGCGCACGGCGAUGGGUUCCGUCUGGGCAUGCACGCGAUUUCUGUCAUGGCAGGGACAAAGUCAUUGGCAGGAGCGUCGACAUCGGGUGUGCCCAUCCGGCUGGACGACGUGCUGUUUGCUGAGUUCAGAGACUUUACCACGCAGACGCAGUCCAACCGCCUGGUCAACUACAUGACCAUGCCAUACAUAAAGAACGUGGUCACCGAGGACAUCGAGCCCUGUCUGCGCUUCGGCCCAAGGCCCCGCAUCUCUGUGCGCAACGUGCUUGAGGCCAUCUCUUCCAACCGCCUGCAUGUCGAGGAGAUGUCGGUGCAGGUGGCCGCCGAUAUGAGCCGCCAGCAGCAGGCGGCCGAGCGCGCCAAUGGCCACCGCCAGGCUAUGCUCUGGGAGCGUCUAAGCGGUAGCGUGGCCUACAACUCCAAGGGCUGCCAGGCGUGCGGGCGCGAGUGUCAGUGCACCUAUCGCUUCCGCAUGGGCGUCAAGGCCGAUUCGGAGUGGAUCCAGAUCGAUACUGUGUGUCGCGACCGCUUGGUUGCAGUGUGCGAGUUCUACGGCUUUGUGCGCUACCUGCGCCAGGGUAUCUUUGCCUCGCGCUCUGUCAUGGAUCUGUACAUGGAGACUAUUCGCCUGCGCCUGUGCAUGUUCUACGCUCGCAUCGGCUCCUACGGUGUCGCCAUCGACUUGGAUCCUAAUUUGAACGAGGCCACGCUGUUCACACGCACCCCCAGCAUGCCGCCCCAGCCGGACUCGCCGAGUGCGCUGAACCACAUGCCGUCGUUCAGCUCGCAGCUGUCGCCGCUGGGUGCGCCGUAUAUUCACUCCCAGCGCGCCACGAGCGCAAUCAGCGUUCCCUGGAGAGAGCCCACGCCUAUAUCUAUGCCCCAGCUUGCUGCCGACAGCAAUGACCAUGUGAAUCGCAACCGCACAAGGGUGCCCACAGUCGCGGAGGAAACGAUUGCAACCGACGGGAGGGAGCCGUCAAAGCCUGGUGUUGACAAUAUUGCAAUCAGCGCGAACAGCAGCAUCCACAGCGUCGCAAACGACACGCCGGAGAUCCAGGCUUCUGUCACCUCAGUCGAUGCCAAACCCAGCAACAACAUUACCAACAACGACGACGAUGACGACGUGCCGAUCAUCUCCAUAAGCAGCGCUGCCGCCGUUGCUGUUGCCGCCCUGACGCCCCCAAAAGCCGACGAUAGCGUGGCAACGGACCAGCAUGACUCCCCGACGCUCUAA